CAGUAAGUCAAAGCAAGUCUUGCGGUAUGUCUUUUUCUGCGGGUUUCGAUAUCGGUUAGAGAGCCGCAUAAAACCGGAAAACGUUAUCAGUCCAAUAGAUUUUUUUCCCGUGCAGCCGAACAAUGGAUAAAUUCUUGCGAUUGUUCAUCAAAUUUCACGGCUACUGUAUUGCGGUUGUGAGCAGUUUUCUGACGAUUUUGUUUACCUCCAUUUUCAGCAGCAGCCUGCACAGCCACAACUGGGAAGAGUUGUAUGACCUACGGUACACCGGUAUCCCGGUGCUGAUUUUUGGCCUGGCCUGGAUGGUCGCAAACUCGCUGCUGAUUAUAGGAAUUUUUAAGGAAAAGAAAGCAUAUUUGUACCCGUUUUCCGUACUGUUUCUGCUGGAUUUGCUGCUGGUGAUUAUUCGGGAUCUUUAUUUGAUCAUCAGUCAGUACACCUGGUAUUAUACGGUGUUUUUUAACUUUAGCCUGCCAAUUUUACUGUUCAUUAUCCCGUACGUUGUACUGAGCAUUCUGGCACUGAUGAGACUGUUUGAUAUUGAUCCAAUCAUCCGAACCGAUCAGAAUUUUGUCCGGUUUGACCGGAACUCCGCUGCCGAUGAAAGUUUCAACGGAAUUGCCAUUGUGGAUUGAGUCUAGUCGGCUGCCGAACCGCUCUCGCAAGUGCCAUCGUACUGUUUAGGCUCGAAAGUUGCCUAGCAACCGUAAGUGUUUUUUUUUUUAUCGAAUCUAAUUGAUUGAUCGUUACUUUUAUGAUUUUUACC